ACGCGGUGCUGUAACAAAUUCCUAUGUACAGAUUAUGUCUACACAACUUCAUAUCGCAUUCCAAACACUUUGAAUUAUCGUUAAUGAUCAACAUAUGAGUGUCUGCCUAUGUACAGGCUCUAUAGUGCUGUGUUCACCUCUCACCAAAUUUAUAGUGCGUGUCCUCUGUGUUCAUACUACUAGUAUGCAUCUUGCGCAUCAGUCCUAUAUUGUUGCAUUACCUCUAAUUCAUUCAUCUAUGUUGGUCUUCAGACGCAGUGUCAAAUGUUGUCUCACUGUGUCAAGCCUCGACCUCACCCUUCCAAGUUCGAUCCACUCUCUAUACCCUGCACCACCACAUCAAGCCCCAACCAUGGCAUGUCAGAAGCCUCGUUUAGGCUGCGUCAAGCACCACUCACACCACGACAAGUUCUCCCAAAUAUCUUCGCAGUCUCUGUACUAAUAUCAACAUCCACACUCUAUGCCGCGUUUAGGC